AUGUCGCCUUUCAUGAGCGAGGAACGUACAGACGCGCUGGAUGUCGACGAGCUGCUUUCCAAGCUCACAAUAGACGAGAAGAUUUCUCUACUCUCAGGCAAGCAACAACUACUCCAUUUCCACCAUCUAUGGAUACUAACCCUCGGCCUCUGGCAGGCAAGGACUUCUGGCACACAACGCCAAUACCCCAACACGGCAUCCCGUCGAUACGCCUCUCGGACGGACCCAACGAGAGGCCCCUUAGGUGGCCGCGGCUUCGAGUCCUUCUCAGAGGACCCUGUACUGUCUGGUCACCUGGCUGGAUUCUACUGUCGAGGCUUGCAGCAGGAGAACAUUGCAGCCACGCUCAAGCACUUUGUCUGCAACGACAUGGAGGAUCAGCGCAUGGCUGUGAAUUUAAUGGUUACUCAGUGUGCCCCGCGCGAGAUAUAUCUGCUACCAUUCCAGCUUGCCCUUUCCAUUGGCGAUCCCCAGGCUGUCAUGACAGCCUACAACCAAGUCAAUGGCACGCAUGUCUCGGAGAACAAGGAGCUGCUGCAAAGCAUUCUUAGAGACGAAUGGAAGUUUGACGGGCUCGCCAUGAGUGAUUGGUUCGGUACCUAUAGCACGACGGGAGCUAUCGAUGCUGGCCUCGACCUGGAGAUGCCUGGUCCAAGCCGCUAG